AUUCCGACUUUUCGUUCCCUAUACAAAUUCCGAUGAAAUUGUCCAGUCAACCAAAAAUUUUCCACCUUUGAGAAAACAUAUAAAAGGGAAUUCUUUCUGGCAACGUCUUGCCUCGCUCACAGUCUGCUCAGUGUAUCUCGAAGCGUCCCACACGGUCCUACAGAACUUUCGAGAUGAUUCGUACUCAAUUGCGUUCAGUUGCGCUCGCUCAAAGAGCCUCAAGCACCCUCAUCAGAAGCUAUGCAAUCUCCGCCAAAUCUCAGGAGCUGCUCUCCAAGAGCGUGAAAGAAAUUGAUCCAGAGAUGUCUCAGAUCCUCGCUGAGGAGCGUAACCGUCAAAAGUCCUCAAUCACUCUGAUCCCAUCAGAGAACUUCACCUCGAAGGCCGUGAUGGAUCUGUUGGGCUCUGAGAUGCAAAACAAGUACUCCGAAGGUUAUCCAGGUGAGCGUUACUACGGUGGUAACGAGUUCAUCGACAAGGCUGAGUCCCUCUGCCAGAAAAGAGCCCUUGAGGCAUUCGGCUUGGACCCAGAACAGUGGGGUGUCAACGUCCAACCUCUCUCCGGUGCUCCAGCCAACCUGUACGCCUACUCUGCUGUGCUGAACGUUGGUGACAGACUGAUGGGACUGGACUUGCCUCACGGUGGCCACUUGUCCCACGGUUACCAAACUCCAUCUACCAAGAUCUCCUACAUCUCAAAGUACUUCCAAACCAUGCCUUACAGAUUGGACGAGGCCACCGGUGUCAUUGACUACGACACCUUGGAGAAGACCGCAGAGCUGUUCAGACCAAAGAUCAUCGUGGCUGGUGCCUCUGCCUACUCAAGAACCAUUGACUACCAGAGAAUGAAGAAGAUUGCCGACAAGGUUGGUGCGUACUUGCUCUCCGACAUGGCCCACAUCUCUGGCUUGGUUUCUGCCGGUGUCACUGACUCGCCAUUCCCAUACUCUGACAUCGUCACCACAACCACCCACAAGUCCCUCAGAGGACCAAGAGGUGCCAUGAUCUUCUUCAGAAAGGGUGUCAGAAAAGUCACCAAGAAAGGCAAGGAGGUGCUGUACGACCUUGAGAAGAAGAUCAACUUCUCCGUAUUCCCAGCACACCAGGGUGGUCCUCACAACCACACCAUCUCUGCUCUUGCCGUGGCAUUGAAACAGACCCAGACUCCAGAGUACAAGGAGUACCAGCAGAAGGUUGUUGAGAACGCUGCGUACUUUGCCAAUGCUCUGCAGCAGAAGGGCUUCGACCUCGUCUCUGGUGGUACUGACACCCACCUCAUCCUGAUCGACCUGAGAUCAAAGAGCAUUGACGGUGCUAGACUGGAAGCCGUGUUGGAGAGAAUCAACAUCGCUGCCAACAAGAACACCAUCCCAGGUGACAAGUCUGCGCUGUUCCCUUCUGGGCUGAGAGUUGGUACCCCGGCAAUGACCACCCGUGGGUUCGACAACAAGGAGUUCGACCAGGUUACCGAGUACAUCGACAGAGCAGUGGCAAUUGCGUUGGACUUGAAGAGCAAAGCCCAAGGUGAAGACGCUAGAUCGCUGUUGGCAAACUUCAAACAGCUUGCUGACGAGUCUGCAGAGGUGAAGCAACUGGCCCAGGAAGUUGCAGCCUGGGCCUCGGAGUACCCAGUGCCAGGCGAUUACGCCUAGUUGUGUGCUACAGAAGUAAAUUUAGUAAACAAUCAAAUAUUUUGUAUCGAUCCUUCUCUCUCCCUGUUCUUUGUAUCUUUUGUAUGUGCUUAUGCAAAAGGAUUCCUUCAUCUAUAAACAGAAGGUGUGUUGAAGAAGAACA